AUGAGUGGACGACUUAACUUCUUCCAGAACCACACCAGAGGCCAAAUCGGCGAGCAUGAGGGUCGGGUCAGUGCAUGCGGCGGGGGCGAUGUUGUCGUUCCUCCUACUGAUCGAUCGAAGAAGAGGCUGGCCUUGUCUUCUCUCGAGACCGAGACUGAGGACCAAUUUCAGAGGAAGAAGAGGAAAGUUCUGAAGGAGAAAGGAGCUUCAGGGAAGAAGACCGGGCUUCAGAAGGAAUCUGGGGCUUACAUCCUUCAAGUCGGGUCAGAGGGCUAUAUCCUCCCGUCUCUGGCGAGCGCCCAGCGCGACCAGUCCCGGCCCAGCGUACUAGUACCUGUGCCCAAGGACCAGACCCGGCCUGGUCUAUCCCAGUUCGGUCCAGGCCUGACCCGACCAGAUCCAGACUGGUACGACCCAGUUCAGCCCGACCCAAUGGAGAUGCGGCGGGUUUCAUCGCUCGGGCUCUGUCAGACGGGUCCACGCCCACGAAAGGACGAAGAAGGGGAGAUCAAGCUCCAGGAGAUAGCGGUUCGAGAGACGACCAUCCUGGUCUCCAACCUCAGCGACGAGAGGGCGUCUCAUGAAGCGACCAAAAAGAAGCUUGAGACGGAAGCGACCAAUCUCAAGCAAAAAAUGGUGGCUUUGGAGGCCAAGGAGAAGGUGUGGUCCGAGAAGGAGGCAGCGUGGACAAAGAAGGAGUCUGAUCUGGCCCGAGAAAAGGAGAAACUGCUGGCCCGACUUCAAGGUCUACUAGAGCCGAGCACCCCAACACCCAAACUUGAGUACGCAGAUUUCUAG